AUGCCUAACUCUGUCCUAGUUGAGAGUCCUUCAAAGGAAUUGCUGGAGCUUAAGGUAGUGUAUGAGUGGGCUCCACCUUUACGCUCUAAGUGCAACAAGGUUGGCCAUGAUUGCUCUACUAAACCUGCUCCUGCUAAGCCUAAGCAGGUUCAUAAACAGCCAACUCCUGCAGCACUGAAGCAGAAACAAGCCUGGGUCCCUAAGCCUAGUCAAGCUCCUGCUCCUGUUGUUGAUGUUGAUGCUUCUGUUCAUGGGCAAUCUGUUAUCACUCCACAAGUUCAUACUUUUCAAAACUCAGAUGAGGGGUGGAGGAUAGUUGGAAGGAAGACAAAAAGUCAGCAAACUAGGGUUAAUCAGCCUGCUUCUACCUCUAAUGCUUUUGUUGCUUUAUUUGCAAAUAAAAUGGAUGGUGCAGAUAGAGUAACUGUCAAUGUCUUAAAGAUUCAUGAGCAGUUUAUUCAUUUUAGUGUCCUUUCUAAGGAUCUUUCUACUCAAAUUCAACUCACUAUUAUCUAUGGGUUUCAUUCUAUUCAUGAUAGGCUUCCUAUGUGGGAAGGGAUUAGGAACAUCUCUAUUCAGCAUUUUCCUUGGCUCUGUGCUGGUGACUUUAACUCUGUUCUUAAUACUUCAGACAGGCUUCAUGGUACUGAUGUUACUGAUUAUGAGACUAGAGAUUUCCAGAGUUUGGUUGAUGAUUUGGACCUCACUGAGGUCAAGAGAAAAGGAGCCUUCUACUCUUGGUCAAAUAAGGCUCACACUGGUCCUAGAACUCUUUCUAGGAUUGAUAGAGUCUUUGGUAACCAAGCUUGGUUGGACUCUCAUGGUCAUGUUGAAACUGUCUAUCUUCCCCCUUCUUUAUCUGAUCACAGUCCAGUUCUUUUGGAUAUUUGUCCUGCUCCUACUGGGAAAGGUAGACCAUUCAGAUUUCUAAACUGUGUUGCUGAUCAUCCUGAUUUCCUUGAUACUGUUUCUCAGGCUUGGUGUUCUGGUAGUUCUGUGUGGAAGAAGCUUAAUUCUUUGAAGUCUAGUAUCAAGUCUCUUAAUAGCAAGCAGUUUGGCAAUAUUGCUGAGAAGAUUGAUCAAGCUAAUGUUGAGCUUGCUGGAAUUCAGAACUUAAUGGCUCAGAAUCCUGAUGAUUUGGAUUUAUAUGCAAAAGAAUAUGAUGCUAUUAAGGUUGUCAAACACUGGAAUGAUAUUCAAGAAAGCAUCUUCAAACAAAAGUCUAGGAUUAACUGGAUUAAGCUUGGAGAUGGCAAUUCCCAUUAUUUUUUCUUAGUGAUGAAGAAUAGACAAGCAAGGAACAGAAUUGACUCUAACCAGGUUUCGCUUAAGGAUCCGGAUUCUAUUUCUAAUGAGAUUAUUUCUUUCUAUAAGUCUCUUUUAGGGACCAAGGCUCCUUGGCUUCCUGCUGUUGAUCUUGUUACUAUGAGGAGAGGUAAACAACUUAGCUCUAUUACUCAGAGCUAUCUCAUUCAGCCUGUCUCUUGA